GAAAACAUGAAACCUAUGAAACCACGAAACCUAUGAAACCUAUGAAUCAAUGAAACCACCUAUGAAACCAUGAAACCGGGAAACCUAUGAAACAAUGUAACCAUAAAACCUAUGAAACCUUGAACCUAUGAAACCAUGAAACCAUGAAACUUUCUUUAAUACAUAUAUGUCGCAAUUAGCUUUUUAAUUUGCAUAUAUUCGUGAUCCGUAACACUAAGCUGUAACCCGCCUAGCUAAGCUUCUGAAAUGUGCACCAGGCUCUCUCCAGACCUCCCAGAUUGAACGAGAAAAUGGCGGAUAAAAUGGCGGAUAAUAUGGCGGAUACGAAGCCUCUUGACUGUAAGAUUAUCAUCAAAAAUCCCGUGCUGCUGAAGAUCGGAGACGGGCGGAACGAUUUUAGAUCUGGUGUAUCCGUGAUUGACAUUAUAUUUCCGGGAAACAACAAUGUAGAGGUGGGGAAGCUGUCAUUUAAGAACUCUUAUACAGCAUCCAUUACAGUUAAACUGAAAAUCCUUGAUCUUUUGGGCUCGGAGAGAUGGAAAACUGCCAUAAAGAAUUACACUCUUAUGCCACAUCCCCAUUUUGAGACAGGAAGCCAAGAUUGUUUUAUGUUAUUUACAUGUGCUAAUCAGGUAAGUACCCUCUACAAUAUAAGACUACCGGUACUUGAAUCUCUUUUAAUGUUCAAUGCAGAUCUUUUGGGCUCGGAGAGAUGGAAAACUGCCAUAAAGAAUUACACUCUUAUGCCACAUCCCCAUUUUGAGACAGGAAGCCAAGAUUGUUUUAUGUUAUUUACAUGUGCUAAUCAGACUGAUGAGCCGCCUCCUCAAGUUAUAAUGCUGCGAUUAAUUCUUAGACAACCCUCUCCACACUGGAGUAACUUUAGCAUAGAUGAGAUAAAAUGUUUUCCACAUUCCACAGUGAGUUCUCCAUUGUUAAAAAGAUGUCUUCAGAACAAUGAUUGUUAUGACCCAUUUGGAAUCAAAUCACCGCAGAAUCGUCCAAAUUCAGCAGGUGUUGCCUCCAACAUUCAGGAACUCUGGGCUAUGACACAGGAGGUGAAAACAUCUAAACAGAGAGCAACUGUGGGCCGUUUUGAUGUUGACAGGAGCUAUGACAUCAACUUAUUGUCCUAUACAUGACACUACUGGAUCAUUACAGUUGGUCUCUUUAUGUUCUCCAAGCUGAACGAAUCAAGGAUCACCCUAAACUAUCAUUACAGCUGGUCUAUCUAUGUUCUCCAAGCUGAACGAAUCAAGGAUCACCCUAAACUAUUAUUACAGCUGUUGGCUGGAAAGCGUAUCCCUGAGCAAAACCUGGCAUGAAAUGAAGAUUUUUCGCUUCAUGCCCCUGAGUCGCUCCAAAACACGGUUGCGGCUAUUAGAAGUUGUAAAGAGUUGAUAACAUGCUAGCUGGUUGGAAAGCGUAUCCCUGCACUGAUGAGCCAAACCUGACGUGAAAUGAAGAUUUUCCCUUCAUGCCAAACCUGACCCGAAUCGCUUCUUGAACUUGAACUAUAAUUUCCUUGUUUUUUGCAUACAGUUACAAUUGCUUUAUACCUCCCAAUUGCCUCAGAAACACAGAUAAAUUAAAGCUACUAUAAAUUGUAAAGACUCCAAACCGCACUGCUCCCGACAAGGCAGCAGGCCCUGGAAACGAACGAACAUUUCCCGCCUCGUUAUAGCUUUCGUGAUGUAACAUUGGGUGCAUGUCAAGCCAUUGCCCCGAGAUCGAUUUCAUUCUUCACAAGAAUGGCGUGCGGGGCACGUGGCUUGGUGAGUACCAAUGAGUUAUUUAUUUUAUAUUAGUCUUUUAUGAGAAUUAACGUAUAUUCCAGUUAUUGUGGACAAAAAACUAUAUUGUAUUUCGUUUUCGAUAGUUUCAUAGCAAUGUGAGAAGAGCUAAUAUGCCGAACUUGUUGUUCUCGUCCUCGUAACUGUUAAGGUUUCUUUGUUUACACAAACCGAUUGUUCAUUGUAUGUUACUUUCUCAGACCUUACUUUAUAUCGUUUUCACUGUUGUUAUUAGAAAUUGAAACCUUUAAUUAAGCCUUUAUUCGAUCGUUUCGAAUUUGCCCGAAAUCGGUAAACACAUAUCUUUUUGUAUUAUUCCUUAUUUUGUGUAGCCACUAACUAUGAUUAAACCAAGCCUUGAAUGACA